AUGGCACACCACACGCCCAAUAGCGCCAUAACACAAACCAUCCGAGCUGGACAGAACAUCUGCAAGCACGCGGAGUUCCGAAGCUUCCAUCGCCAACAAGAGAGGUUCCAAACCCUCAGCAGCAGCAACAGCAGGACGUACAGCGGGAUGCCCGUGAUGGAGCGCGCGAUGCCCUUGCCAAAGUUGCACCUGCGGGAAGGAAGCAGCCCUUCCAGAGCAGGAGGCCGGAGCCCGCGCAGCCAGCGGAGAGUACCCUCGCCGCUUCGCAACGCCCAGUUCCGGCCCCUGGCCAUGGAGUACGCCGAAGUUCCCCAGCCUUCGUCUUGCAAGUACUUCAACGGGGCAGACGAUGACGAGGAAGUGACCCAGAGCGAGUUCUGCGCGCACGUCCGGACUGUCGGGUACUCUACCGUUGGCGGCAAGCCGUUCAUGUCCGGCAAGUGCCCCCACUGCCACCGCUACGUCAAGUCCGACAACCAGGUCUGCACCCCCAACGCCACCCCGCCGCAGUCUCCCUGGAAGAAGACCCUCAACAACCUGCAGUCCCCGCUGCGCUCGCCGCUCCGCACCGGCUCCAGCCCCAAGGACGGCGGCGGCUCCAAGACCACCACCUCCCUGCAGUCUCCCCUGCGGAGCCCCUUCAAGGGCUCGUUCUUCGGCUCGAACGACGACGACGACCAGAGAGGCAAGGCGGCACCCACUUCUCCCAAGAGGACCGCGCCCACCGCUGCCGCUGUUGGCCCCGCCCCCGCUCCCCGCGGGGUCGGCUUGACCCGCAGCCCUCCCCGGGGAGGAGAAACGGGCAGCCAGCCGGCGCCGUGGGCAAGGUCCAGGAGCCCGCCCCCUCGCGCCAACAGCCCGGCGCCGGCGCCGGCGCCUCGUGCGAGCAGCCCGACUCCCCGCGCGAGCAGCCCGACCCCCCGAGCGAACAGCCCGACUCCUCGCGCGAACAGCCCCGGCCCGCGUUCCCCAGCCCGCGGCAACAUGAGCCCUUCCUCGGGAGGUGCCUUCUUCGCCGUGGCCAACGACGAUGGCAACAACGGCGGGAGGAGCGCUAGCGGCUCCGUGGCGGCGAGGCGCCCGUGGGCCGAGAGAGGGAGGAGCCCGUCCACGCGCGGCGGCCGCGGUCGUGAGGAGGAAUGCGUUCCGUUUCGCUGGGGCGGUUGGAUGAGGAUGUCCGAGGCCCCGGUCGCUCU